AUGGAUGUUCAUAAAAAGAUUCUAGAAAAGAAUGGAAGAUUAGAUAAAUAAUAUGCUUAAUAAGAUUAGGGGGAAGUAAGAUAAGAGGAAUAAAUGAAAAAUAAUAAAAAUGUAGAUUAUUAAGAAUAUAAUGCUUCAUAUAAUAAUAUUAGAUGUACAUCGAAUGUAUUUCCACAUUCAAAAUAAACAUAUAUAGAUGCGAAGAUCCCAUUUGGUGUGAUGAUUUAACCUUAUGGAUAAUCAGUAUAGGAUGGAUUUAUAUCAGUGAAUACUGGAGGAUAUCCUAUAAUUAGAUGUGCAAAUUGUAGGGCUUAUUUGAAUCCUUUUAUGAAAUUUCUAGAUGGUUAUGAUUAUUUAAGAUGUAAUCUUUGUAGUUUGAUAACAGAGAUUCGAUUCAAUACUAUAACAAAAGACAAUAUAAUCGAUAGAAUUGAAUUAAGAAUGGGAUCAUAUGAUAUUAAAGCUGGAUAAGAAUAUUAAGUUAGACCACCUAUGGCUCCAGCAUAUUUUUUUAUGAUUGAUGUUUCAACCAAAAGUGAAGCACUUUUAGGUAUUAUAGGAUAAGUGAUGAAUGAAUUAAUAAUAAGUGAUUAAUUUAAUGAAAGAACUUUAUUUGGUUUUUUAACAUUUGAUUCUUAGAUUCAUUUAUACAAUUUUAAUUAAAAACUAAAAUAAGUUUAGAUGUAUGUCUUAACAGAUGAUAAUGAAUUACCUAUACCUGGAGAAUAUCUAUUUAAUUUAUAAGACUCUAAAGAUAUUAUUGUUGCAUUUUUGAAUUCUUUAAAUCAUUUAUUUCCUAAACCUUAACUAAGAAGUAAUAAGUUUAUAGAGGCAUUGAAAAUUACUUAAAAAUUAAUUUAAGAUAAUGGAGCUAAAUUAAUCAUUUUAUUAUCUUCACCAAUUAAAGAAUUAAGUAUCAUAGAAAAUAGUAAGUAAACAUAAUAAUAAUAUUUACAUAAAAGUAAAUCCAUUUUAACAUAAUAAACUGAAACUAUGUAUUUUUAAUAUAUUUGUCCUUCUAUUUUUGUUGUUCCUGCUGGUUUCAUGAAUUUAUAUACAAUUAAUUAAUUAGCUACUUAUUUAAAUGGAGAUUUAUUUUAUUAUGAUGACCCUACAGUUUAUAGUAAGAAGAUUUUACUAAUAUAUUUAAGCUACAAGAUUUAAGAAUGAUCUUAAAGAAAUAUUGAGUAGAGAUUACGCUUGGGAAUCAGUAUUUAGAAUAAGAACUUCAAUAGGAUGGAAAGUAAAACAUGUUUAUGGCAAUUAUGUUGUAAAAACAUCAGAUUUAUUGAAUCUAACUAAUUGUGAUGAGUAAAAUUCCUUAUUAAUUAUUGAUAGCUAAAAGACAUUAAUAUAUGAAUUAGAAUUAACAGAACCAAAUCUAUAAUAUGAUCAUCUUUUUAUAUAAACUGCCUUGUUAUAUACAUCAUCAAAAAGUGAAAGAAGAAUUAGAGUUCAUAAUUUAUGCAUUCCUUUGAGUAAUUCUGUCAAAACCAUAUAUUAAAACAUUGAUUAAUGUACUUUAGCUAUGACAAUCUUUAAAAUGGCCUUAUUUCAAAUGAAUUCAGUCAAAGAUUUGAUACCUGUUAAGGAAUUCAUUAUUUCUACUGUAAGAUCAAUAUUUUAUAAUUGUAAAUCAUACAAUGUAAGUUUGGAUUAAAUGCAUGCAUACACAUUAGGAAUAAUGAAAUCAAAUAUACUCAAUUAUUCAUAUGAUUAAUAAAGUAUAUUAACUGAUUAUGUUAAUUACUUUCGAAUAAUCUUUUAAUAUUUACACUAUGAUGAAUUAGUUACAUAUUUGAUACCUUAAUUAUAUAAUGUAACUAAUUUACAGCAAAAUGAAUGUGUUUAUGAUGAUGAGGGUUAAUUUGUAUAUCCAUAAUAAUUGUCUUUGGUGUAGGAAGAAUUAUAAAAUGGAGGUCUCUAUUUAAUGGAUUGUGGAUAUUGCUUAAUUUUAUAUAUAUCCAAGUAAAACUAUGUGUUAUUUAGAUUACAUGAUCCCAUUUAAUUAACAGCUCUAUUCCAUUCAGAAUAUAAUACUAAACACUUAUUUGAAGAUGAUCUAUAAGCAAACAAUUCUAUAUGGACUCUUGUAAACUAAUUAAGAUAGUAUGUUUCAUUCAUUAUUUCUAGUAUCAAAUUUACUAAAUAUGUUCCAUUAUAUAUUGUUAAAGAAGGUUGCAAAACAUUAUGGGAAGAUGUAUUUUUUUAAAAUUUGAUUUAUGAUGAUUUAAAUCGUUCAUAUAGGAUGAAUUACAAUAGAUUUGUCUAAUAUAUUGGUUGA